AUGAAGCGGUUCAGCCAGAGAGUUUUGUCGCGCGGCAAGGACCCCAACAAGGCCUCCAAGAAGAACAAGGACCACAAAGAUGGCACGGCGUCACCAUCCUCGGCCAACUCACGCGACUCCGCAACCCAGUCGCCAGUUCUGACACCCUCCUCCUCUGCUUCGAACCUCAACGACAUCCGUAAUAAGCCGCUGCCACCGAGCAAUACAUCGCAGCCCAGUGGGGACCACGGCGCUGCUAACCAGCCAUCCCUCCUCGGGAAUGUGGGUGGAACAAACAACACUGGAGGGCCCGACAGGUUUGGCGGCGUCACUGGUUCUCCCUCAGCUGCCAACGGUGCAAACACGCCGACACGACACGGGACACUUCCUCCCACCGUCAUCAUCAGCCCAAGCGCUCCUCAUGUGCCCCCUCCAGGCGCCGCCGAAACCAUGCCGCAUGACCUUGCCCCUCCCAAGGCUGGACAGAAGUCGCUGAUGUUUGAUCGCCUGCAAUCGACGCCAAAGGACGUGCCCGAAGGCAUCAGGACCCCGAAGAGGCAACACUCGUCCAGGUUCGACAUCUCCGCACAUCGCGAGCUGGAGAAGCUGCCAGGGUUUCACGAGGUGCCGCCGAAUCGCAGACAAGAGCUCUUCAUGCAGAAGAUCGACCAGUGCAACGUCAUCUUCGAUUUCAAUGAUGCGAGCGGUGACAUGAAAUCCAAGGAGAUCAAGAGGCUCGCGCUACACGAACUUCUGGACUAUGUGGCCAACAAUCGCCAAGUCAUCACGGAGCCGAUGUAUCCGCGAGUUGUCGAGAUGUUCGCUAAGAACCUCUUCCGACCGAUCCCGCCCCCGAUGAACCCGCAGGGCGAGGCCUUCGACCCGGAAGAAGACGAGCCCGUUCUCGAGGUCGCAUGGCCGCAUAUUCAAGUAGUCUACGAGUUUUUUCUCCGAUUCAUCGAGAGCCAGGACUUCAACACAAACAUCGCCAAGGCAUAUAUAGAUCACAGCUUUGUUCUUCAGCUGCUCGAGCUGUUCGACUCUGAGGAUCCGAGAGAGCGAGACUUCUUGAAGACCACUCUGCAUCGUAUUUACGGCAAAUUCCUCAAUCUGCGGUCCUUCAUCCGACGAUCUAUCAACCACGUCUUCUUCCAAUUUACUUAUGAGACUGAGCGGUUCAACGGCAUCGCUGAGCUUCUGGAGAUCCUGGGGUCCAUCAUCAAUGGUUUUGCGCUACCGUUGAAAGAAGAGCACAAGCUGUUUCUGACUAGGGUUCUGAUCCCGAUGCACAAGGUGAAGAGCUUGAGCAUGUACCACCCGCAACUGGCAUACUGUAUCGUCCAGUUUCUCGAAAAGGACGCAUCUCUGACCGAAGAGGUUGUUCUCGGUCUCCUUCGCUACUGGCCCAAAGUCAACAGCACAAAGGAGGUGAUGUUCCUCAACGAAGUCGAGGACAUCUUUGAGGUCAUGGACCCAGCCGAAUUCGCCAAGGUGCAGGAGCCUUUGUUCCACCAACUUGCCAAAUCUGUGGCAAGUCCGCAUUUCCAGGUUGCGGAACGUGCGCUGUACUUUUGGAACAAUGAGUACUUCUGCAACCUCGUAAGCGACAACGUCGAGAUCAUUUUACCUAUCAUGUUCGCGCCGCUAUAUGAAAACUCUAAAGGGCAUUGGAACCGUACCAUCCACGGCAUGGUCUAUAACGCCAUGAAGUUGUUCAUGGAGAUCAACCCGCAGCUCUUCGAUGACUGCUCCCAUGAAUACACCGAGCAGCAGAACAGUGCAGCGUCUCGGGAAGCCCUACGUGAACACAAGUGGGCUGCGAUUGCCGAGCAGGCCAACCGGAGGAAAAGCAACGGUACCGCGGACAAGCCGAGAACUCGCGCGGACGAAACAGACGCCUCGGAUGAUAAUCAGAAAAGACUUGACUCGUUGAAGCUGCAGGAUGGCGAACGUAGGGACCGCCGGCCGACGCUUCACGAACGUCAAAGUUCGUCCGGAUCUGCGAGGGGUCAGAGAUAG